AUGGCUCAGCCCAGCGUCUUCCUCUGGGCCCUCGACACUCGCAAUCUCUGGCCCGAGGCGAGCAACACCAAAGAUCUCCCCAAAUACGCCCAUCGCGCCCUCGCCCUGCUCUCCCCAGACGAACAGGCCGCCGUCCUCAAAUACUACUUCGUCAAGGACGCAAAGCUCUCCCUCGCAUCCGCCCUCCUCAAACGCCUCGCCAUCUCCCGCCACUGCCGCGUCCCCUGGCGCUCCGCCACUGCCGUGCGCGACGCCCGCACCAAGCCCGUCUUCCUGCUCCCCUCGGGCGAAGAGCCGCUCCUCUUCAACGUCACCCACCAGGCCGGCGUCGCGGUCCUCUUCGGCGCCUACUUGCCCCCCGCGGGCGUCGCCAUCGGCACCGACAUCGUCUGCCCCGGCGAGCGCCGCGACCGCGACGUCAAGCACGUCCAGACCCAGGGCUGGCCGUCCUUCAUCGGCAUGCACGCCGAGGUCCUGUGUCCGCUCGAGGUGCGUCGCAUGCGCGGCCUCCCGUUCUCCACCCAGCAGCCUGCCAAGCUGCUCGACUACUUCUACGCAAACUGGUGUCUGCGCGAGGCCUACGUCAAGAUGACGGGCGACGCUCUCCUCGCGCCCUGGUUGCACGACCUGGAGAUGAGAUACUUCUCGCCGCCGGGGGAGGCGCCGCCCGAGGGCGCGGACAAGUCGCUCGAGGUCUGGUUCAAGGGCGAAAAGUUGACCGACGUCGACGUCAAGCUGGACUGGGCGCUUGGAAACGAGUACAUGAUUAGCACGGUGGUGAGAAGGGGCGAGGGGGGUCAAGGCCUGGAGGUUCCGGAACCGGAGGUUUUGGAUUUGGAGGAGACGCUGGAUAAACGGGAUUACAAUUGGUAA